CGCGUGCGCGGCGAGGAAAGUGACGGUGCUCUUUUGAGGAGGAAGAGCGCCGGGAGGAGAGUUUCGGCGGCCGUUUCUGUUUCUCUCAGGCAGCGGCGGCCAUGAGCUACGACCGGGCUAUCACCGUCUUCUCCCCCGACGGGCACCUCUUCCAAGUCGAGUACGCCCAGGAGGCCGUGAAAAAGGGCUCCACGGCGGUUGGAGUACGAGGAAAAGAUAUUGUUGUUCUCGGCGUGGAGAAGAAAUCUGUGGCAAAACUUCAGGAUGAAAGAACUGUCCGAAAGAUCUGUGCCCUUGAUGACAAUGUCUGCAUGGCUUUUGCAGGGCUCACAGCAGAUGCCAGGAUAGUUAUAAAUAGAGCUCGGGUGGAAUGCCAAAGUCAUAGACUUACAGUGGAGGACCCUGUCACUGUGGAGUACAUUACACGGUAUAUUGCUAGCCUGAAGCAGCGGUACACCCAGAGCAAUGGCCGCAGGCCUUUCGGUAUUUCUGCCCUGAUUGUAGGAUUUGACUUUGAUGGAACUCCAAGGCUUUAUCAGACUGAUCCUUCUGGCACAUACCAUGCUUGGAAAGCUAAUGCAAUUGGCAGAGGAGCGAAGUCAGUGCGCGAAUUUUUGGAAAAAAACUAUACUGAUGAAGCCAUUGAAACAGAUGAUCUGACCAUUAAGCUUGUGAUUAAAGCACUUCUUGAAGUUGUACAGUCUGGUGGGAAAAAUAUUGAGCUGGCUGUUAUGAGAAGAAACCAGCCUCUUAAGAUCUUGAGCCCUGAUGAAAUUGAAAAGUAUGUUGCUGAAAUUGAAAAGGAGAAGGAAGAAAACGAGAAGAAGAAACAGAAGAAAACAACAACAUGAUGUGUGAAACUCAACUGCCUAGCCGUUUUUGGUUUUUAAAUCAAUCAUGAGUUUCUGUAUAGACAUGUAGGCAUUCCAUUUUCCUAUUCACUGUCAAGUGGCCUAUAAUAAACCACCUGUGUUUUUUUAAA